CGGGCACCGGCCGCGCUCCUCCGGCGGCCGGGGCGAGGCUGGCACGGGGCCAGCGCGGGCCUGGUCAGGGGUGCCGGGUCGUCUCAGGGGCGGGGACCCGGGCGUGGAGGGCGCUCAAGCUGCGCGACCUUCGGCUCGCUGCUGGGGGCGCCCUCCCCGGCCGGCAGCUCGCCAGGGACCAGCCUCCGCCGCAGCCCCGGGGCGCGAGAGGCUACACUUUCCCUUCGCCCCCCGCCCUCGUUUCCUCCCGCGCGGCCGCAGCGGAGAUUUCCUCUCGGGGAAACUACGCGGAUCCUUCCCGGGGCUCCUCGCCCCGCCCCAGUUCUCCGCCCCCUGCUCUUUGCUGGGGAGCCGGUGCUCGCCCGCCGUGGGGAGGAGGCUCUGGCAGCCUGGGCCAGGAGGUGGCAGGGGGCCGCGGAGCCGCUGGCUACCGACUCGCCCCGCCAUGUGACGCCGCCCUCCGCCCAGCGACCCCCCGCGCGCCCCGGGCCCGCGCCCGCGCUCUGUCGCGCCGCGCACCAUGCUCCUGCCGGGAUACGCGAGCCCGCCGCCCGCGCCCCAGCCCGCACAGCAUCCCGGCCUCCGCAGGCAGGUAGAGCCUCCCGGGCAGCUCCUGCGCCUCUUCUACUGCACGGUCCUGGUCUGCUCCAAAGAGAUCGCAGCGCUCACGGACUUCUCCGGUAAGAGGCGACCUCGCUCGCUGUGCGUCCCCGGCGCCGCGGGGCGCCCAGGUUACCUAACCAAACUCCUGCAAAACCACACCGCCUAUGCCUGUGAUGGGGACCAUUUGAAUCUGCAGUGCCCUCGGCAUUCAACGAUAAGUGUCCAAUCGGCAUUUUAUGGGCAAGAUUACCAAAUGUGUAGCACGCAUCAGCCUGCCUCCCAGAGGGAAGACAGCUUAACCUGUGUGGCACCCACCACACUGCAGAAGGUGCUGGACGAAUGCCAGAACCAGCGGGCCUGCCACCUCCUGGUCAAUAGCCGUGUUUUUGGACCUGACCUUUGUCCAGGAAGCAGUAAAUACCUCCUGGUCUCCUUUAAAUGCCAACCUAAUGAAAUAAAAAACAAAACCGUGUGUGAAGACCACGAACUGAAGCUGCACUGCCACGAAUCCAAGUAUCUCAACAUCUACUCUGCGACCUAUGGGAGGAGGAUCCAGGAGAGGGACGUCUGCUCCUCGGAAGCCGCACGACUCCCCCCCUUUGAUUGUUUGUCUUACUCGGCUUUGGAAGUAUUAUCCAGGAGGUGUUACGGGAAGCAGAGAUGCAGAAUCCUCAUUAACAGUCACCAUUUCGGAAGCCCCUGUCUGCCGGGAGUGAAAAAAUACCUCACCGUCACCUACGCAUGUGUUCCCAAGAAUAUACUCACAGCGAUUGAUCCAGCCGUUGCUAAUCUGAAACCUUCUGUGAAGCAGAAAGACGGUGACCAUGGUGUAAACUUUGACCCAGGGGAGCCAAGAGUUCUGAGGAAAGACGGAGCGAUUGUCAGCCACUCUCUGGCAGCAUUUGCUUACCUUCGAGCCCACCCUGAAAGAGCUGCCCUGCUGUUCAUGUCCAGUGUCUGCAUUGGUCUGGCACUCACGUUAUGUGCCUUGGUCAUCAGAGAGUCCUGCACCAAGGACUUCCAGGAGCUGCAGCUGGCAAGGGAGCACCUGGUGCCAGGAAGUGACAAGGCUGAGGAGGACAGCCAGGAUGAGGAGGGGGAGGAGGACUCCUCAGACUCCGAUUUUCCAGGGGAACUGUCAGGGUUUUGUAGGACUACAUAUCCUGUGUACAGUUCCACAGAGGCUGCAGAGCUGGCAGAAAGAAUUGAGCGCAGGGAGCAAAUCAUCCAGGAAAUAUGGAUGAACAGUGGUUUGGACACUUCACUUCCAAGAAACAUGGGCCAGUUCUACUGAAAACCAGAUGCAUCCUGAUGCAGUGAUACUUUCCGAAGAGGGAAGGAUCCAAAAUGCUCUGCAGUUCUGUUUCACGUGUACCUUCUAUGAAGGAGAAUUUGUCGUGUCAUCCAAUACUUAGGGAAGCUGGAAAGCUCUUAAAGGGACAUUUCAAACUGUUUACAGCACAUUUUGAAAUAAAUUAGGAGGGAA